AUGGUGAUACAGCGUGCUUGCAGUGAAGCAUUGCUCGAAUUGCAUAAGCCGACUGGUUGCGCAAUCGAACGGAGGCGCGCAACGUGCUGAGUGUAUGUGCCAAGUGCCGUGCCCUUCGUGGUCGCAAGACGAGUCUGAGCAGCGACAGCUCUGCUGAUGACUCCUCUCUGACUCUUCAUUCUCACAGCCCCCCAAGCCGUGCACUGGCUCUCGGUGUCACCGUCACUAACACAGCGUCGUAGAGCUGUAGAGCUGCUGGCCGCAGUCCAUCGCCUGCACGUAGCCGAGAGAGAAGGCAGUGUUCAGAAUGUGCGAGGAACAGGCAUAUGGUGUGUGGAGGAUCAAGGAGCAACUCAGAGUGCAAACUUGACCUCGAGUUGA